UUGUAGUUUUAAUGUCUUGUAGUUUCAAAGUCCAAGGACACAAAGAUUGAGAAGUAAACUGAGUUUGCUAUUAUCAAAUAUAAUAAUAAAUGUAUGUAUGUGUUGGAAGUGAAUAGUGCUACAAAUAAUUAGUACUGCAAUUUGCUUUCCUCAGUUGCCUACGAAGGCUCGGGUGUAAUAGCUGUGUGAGACAAUACGUGUGGAGCGCCGUAAAUAUUUUAUUUGAUUACUUUCCACCUAACUUGAAUCUAAAGUCCAAACAUGGCCAGUGUUGUAAGGAGCAAAGUGUUAAAGGUUCUAAACAAACAGAAGACUGGUUUUGUGUCUAUUGCGACUAGACCAAAAAGUUCUAAUGCUCCAGAAAAAAAAAUACUGACUUCCGCAUUCAGCGAUAUUCCGGUGACCAGUUACACAGCAAAUGACUUUGUUUGGCAGAACUUGGAUAGAUGGCCUGACAAAACUGCUACUGUUUGCGCAGUGACAGGUCGCGGUUACACAUAUGCGCAAACGCACAAGAUGUCCAUAGCUUUUGCCGCCUCCUUGCGGACAAAAUUAAAACUGCAGAAUGAUGACAAGAUAGCCAUAGUGUUGCCAAAUACCCCGGAGUAUCCUGUGACAGUAUUGGGCGUCCUACAGGCUGGCUGCAUUGCUAGUACGAUGAACCCUGUUUAUACUGCUGAGGAACUAAAACGUCAAAUCGAAUUGGUAAAAUGCAAAGCAGUGAUUACAUCGAAGAUAUCUUACGCAAACAUCAAACAGGCGUUAGCAGAACUGAAAUUGAACAUACCAGUAAUUUUAAUAGACAACGACGACUUACCUGAAGGCACUAUCAAGUUUGCCGAAUUUGCUCAAGAUUUUAGCCUCGACACAAAUUGUUUAAAGGCUGUGAAGAGAGGUCCCAAAGAUUUGGCUAUAUUACCUUUUUCGAGUGGUACUACAGGGUUCCCUAAAGGUGUUGUGUUGACUCAUGGAAGUGUUGUCGCUAUGAACCAACAGAUUGCGGACCCAGAUAUCAUUGCUAUUAAAGAAACUACUGCCACCAACCAAGCAGUGUUACCGGGAAUUCUUCCAUUUUUCCACAUAUUCGGUUUCAACGUUCUGAUGAUGAAUCAGUUGGCGCUGGGGUGCAAAUUGGUUACCUUGCCGUACUUCAAACCUGAACUAUUUCUACAGACGCUCGUUCAACAUAGGGCUGAAGUUUUGUUCUUAGUUCCACCUAUGGUGGUAUUCCUGGGCAAGCAUCCAGCUGUUACUUCUAAACACUUGGAGUCAGUGUACGGCAUUGUAAGCGGUGCUGCGCCCAUCUCUAAGGGAGACGCCGAAGCUGUUAUGAAGAAAAAUAAAAACAUCGUGUUCCGCCAAGGUUAUGGUUUAACGGAGACCAACGGAGCUAUUUCCGUGGGUAAGAAUGAUGACUCGAACCACGCUUCAGUUGGACACAUAUUGGGUAAUAGCGAGGUCAAGAUUAUUGACUUAAAUACAAAAGAGGCUUUGGGACCGGGAGAGGAAGGUGAAAUCUGGUACCGUGGUCCAAAUCUAAUGACGAGUUACUAUGAAAAUGAGGAAGCGACCAAAGAGGUACUGACGGAAGACGGCUGGUACAAAACUGGGGACAUCGGACGAUACGACGAGAACAAGUAUUUAUAUGUCACCGACAGACUAAAAGAGCUUAUAAAGGUAAAAGGCUUCCAAGUACCACCAGCUGAAUUAGAAAUGGUACUACGAACACAUCCGAAGAUUCUUGACUGUGCCGUCUUGGGUAUACCAGACCCGAUCUCAGGCGAAGUGCCCAAAGCCUUCAUUGUACCACAACCAGGACAAACUAUAAAAGAAGAAGAAAUAUUGGAACAUGUUAAUAACAAAGUCACGAUCUACAAGAAGAUUAAACAAGUACAGUUUGUUAACGAAAUCCCUAAGAAUCCUGCCGGUAAGAUCCUUAGGAAACAGUUGAAGGAAAUGUAUUGUUAGUCCUCAAAUGACUAAAGGUGUAGGUUAGUAAUUUAGAAUGGUUGUGAAGACAUAAUGUAAGUAUGAUUAUCAAUAUUGCAUUUAAACAUUCAUUCACGAUUUUCAAUAAUUGCGAAGUGUGACUGUUUCGUUAGCGCGUGCCAAACUUGUUCCGACAUUGUUGCCCGAGUAGUUCCGCGUCGUACCGAUAGAUGCCACUAUGCCGUGACGUCAUUUUCUGAAUCGCGGUGUUAAGAUUCUCCGCGAAUGAAUGACCCUCGCCGGUUUUCAACGCUCCGGUAUCGCUUCUCGGCCUUUUGGCUAAGAUCAAAGUGUAGUAUCUGUUCUUUUCAGCUUAAUAUCUGAAAGUUCCCUCACUGAGGGACCAGUAUAUUAAACUGAUUUUUGUAAACUGAUAGGAUGUUCGGGGCUCGCUCCACUCCCGUCACGGGUCGGCCCGGCAUUGCAGUGCCGCCGGGAUCGGCCCAC